AUGACGACCCACGACCCAGAAGACGCCUCCUAUAUCGACUAUGAGACCUUCCUGUCUCCCGACUUCAACCCCGCCUCCUUUGCUAAUACACUCGUUCUCGCGACUAACAAUCCAAACGAUGCACCCCUCGACCUCUCCACCCCGCUUUCGAGGGUUCUUUUCGAUACCCAGGAGAUUGACUCGCACAUUGACCUCUUGACCACAAAGUCUGCGGCGCCGCUACUGAAAUACACCGAAGAGCAAACAGCAUCUAGUAAACGCAUCAUCGGGGAGCUCGACGCCCAGAUCAAAAGUUUAAACGACAGCUACCGCCAACUGGAGAAGGAAGUCAUCGAUAAGCAUGCUGAGGCUGAGGAGGUUCGUCAAGUGGCUACAAGGUUGUGGGAGACACUAAAGCUCGGUCGCUCUGUGGGACGAUGUCUCCAGCUUGGUCGCCAGCUCGAGGUGCAGCACGCAGAGAUUGCGAGUGGAAGCGUUAGCACAGCUGCUGCUGCUGCUGGAAAGAAGGAGGAUCACAGGGCUCUUGUACGGUGCUCGCACACCCUCCUCUCCCUGCGCGAUGUGCUUGACCGUACUGCCCCCGGUGAGGAAGGACACGGACUGGCCAGGGUGGAUGCGAUUCGCACUCUGAGAGACAGCGUUAUUGCGCCAAUUGAGAGGUCUGUCAAAGAAACGGCUGAGAAGAUCAUCCGCGACUUUGCGGUCCCGAAUUCGGCCACCUUUUCACAGGGUGAGGAAACCAAGGCCAGGACCGUGUCCGCCAUGGUAACCCUCUUCUUGCUCUCACCCAUGCCUGCCAUGAAGGGCGAGAAAUGGACACCGACCCUGCUGUUGCAGGCUCUGGAGGUGUAUUUCCGUUCUGCGCUCCAGUCAUCAAUCGCGUCGCUGUCGCGAUCCUUGAGUCAGCUGCCGACCCUGGAUAGGACCUUGUCUGAAAUCUCGGCGAGAUGCCAAAAUAUCGUUGCGCUUGAAUUGGUCCUCGAAUCGACUAAACUGCCAGCGCAUCCUCUAAUCACUGCGCCCCAGAAGCAAACAAACAUGCUACAGCCGCUGCUUGCGUACCUCGAAACGGGCAGCCUGCCAAGCUACUUUUGGAGAACAAUGGCGGGUAGUUUGGGCACCAGAGUACAGGAAAUUGUCAACAGAGGUGGAGUCUCGGCGAGAACUCUUCGAUCGAAUAGGGCGAAUGUGGGUGAGGCUGUGAGGGAGUGUGUUGUUAAGGGAUGCCAGAUGCCUAGUGCUCUGAAGGGGAAGGGCAGAGUGGAAGGCAAUUGGGAGAGGGAGGUUGCUGUCAUGGUUGGCAGUGUCGUGAACAACCUCGGACGAUGA